AUGUGCGAGUUGCGCUAUAUCCAGACAGAAACUAGUCAAACUAUAUGCAGAGAUAUGGCUCACAAUGAUUCAAAAUCAAUGCCAAAACAGAGAGCAGGAACUAGGUCUGUAAACUACAGUGAAAAAGAGGCUGAUGCAGAUCUUAUCCGAAGAAUUGAUCAAUUCGAGAAAGUCGAUACCAAGUCAAAACCCCCAAACCGUGUCGGUCGGCCAAGGUCCAAUAAAUCUACAGCAGAUAAGAAUGGUAAUACGGGGACUUCAUCAGGCGUGACCAAGAACAAACAUCAAAGCUUUUUGAAUGACAAGGCUGUGGGAUGGAACUUCAUUCCUGUACUUCCGCCGAACUUACGGAAGACAAGCAGAUUUUCCAAUAUCCUAGAUUUGAAGGAUGCACUGGUAAAUGUCUCCCAAAAUACUCUCAAAAAUUCUGACCGCCUGCUCCUGAAGGCUGGGGAUACGAUUUACAUGGUUUCUGAGCCGCCUGGGGAGCCUUACUAUAUUGGUCGAGUGGUGCAAUUUGUCCCCAAAGUAGAGUUCUCACAACUGAUUGAUAAGCUGAAAGCAGUCACAAGUGAACUAUCUGCGAAAUACUUUCAUGUAAAAAUGAAUUGGUUUUACAGAUCGCGAGAUAUUCAGGAUAAAACCUCAAAUUUUGAUACAAGACUUGUGUACGCAUCUUUGCAUGAAGAUAUUUGCCCCAUAAUAUCAUAUAGAGGGAAGUGUACAGUGUUACAUGUUGAUGAAUUUGAAAAUGAAAACUCAAAUACCGCUGAGUUCAUAACCAGACCAAAUGUCUUCUAUUUUGAUCAGCUGUUCGAUAGAUAUUCAUUAGCCUAUUACAACGUAGUAAGCUCAGAAAAGUUGCUCACCUUACACAAAAGUUCACCCUUUUUAUACUUACUGAGCAAAAGAUUUCGGUACAUGUUCAUAGAGGAUAAAUAUCCUUUGAAUAAAAUACUCCGAAAAUAUGUCAUCAAGGACAAUACAUCUGAGAACGAAGCGAAUGAUGAAAGUUGGGAUGAUAGAUGCUCUGUCUGUAGGGAAUGGUGUAGGUCUAGCCAGAGACUUAAAUGCGACGAAUGCUAUUCUUGCGUCCAUUUGCAUUGCAUGGAUCCGCCAUUGGAGAAGAAACCGAAUAAAGGUAUUAUAUGGUUAUGUUUUAAUUGCUUGAAGCGUCACGAAGGCACCAGCGAAGCGCUAAGAGAGUUAAAUGAUGAACAAACAAAACAAACGGAGAGUAUUGGUGCCUUCAAGGACAAGCUGGACUGUAUAUCGAGGAAUGUAAUCGAAGAGGGUGAUUCAAAAGUAGAUGAGAGACACUGGUUCCAAUACAUGGGGCAAAAUAUGAUCUGCCACCUGGAAGAUCUGUUACAAAGAAACUUUUACAUUCCUUAUCCCUUUAAAAACUCAAGAAUUGGUAUAAAGUACCAAUGGGCAGGCAAUGCAAAGUUCGAGAAGUGGGAGCCUGUACCUUAUAGCACGGACAGAACAGAUGAACGAGGCUCAGACCAAACUAGUGAUCUUUUGUGGGUGAUGGAAGACGGCAAAAUCAACGAUGGUUCAUUAGAGGCAUAUAUUCAAAAAUGUAAGGACAAAUUUCCUGCAGAACUUAAGAUUAUGGCUGAAAGCUGUAAUUUUUUAGAUAUGAUUACCAAAGCACUAAUGGAUCAAAACUAUAGCCUGGAUCGCGCAUUCUCCGAAUGUAAGAAACUCUUAUCUCGAGAGUCUCUAAGGGAACCGACUUUUUCUACUUUAGAAGUUGAGAAAUUUGAAAAUGCUGUGGCACAAUAUGGAAGUGAACUGCAUUUAGUGUGCAAGGAUGUCGAUAGCCAACCCAUGUCCUCAAUUGUAAGAUAUUAUUAUUAUUGGAAAAAAACUGAGAAUGGACAACGUAUAUGGGGUGGAUUCAAAGGUCGUCCCAAGAAUAAAGCUAAGCUCAACGCUGCAGACAAGGAGGUAGAGAAACUCACAAACAAAGGAAAAUCUCCAAGAGAGCGAAAACCCACAAAAUUGGCAUUGGAAAAUAAAAAUACUGUAGUGAAGGAAGAGCUCAAAUUUUUAGACGAAUCAUGUUUCGAAACAGAGAAUUUAUCAUUAGUAAGAACCUGUUUUAAGUGCGUUUUCUGCGAUAUUGAUUAUUCACCUCUUUGGUAUAAAAUUACAGGUGGUUGCGAUGAUGAACAUGUGAAGAACAAGAUGCACACAGGCUUUAAUGAUAAAUUUGAAAACAAAACAGGCGCUCAUAAAGAAGUAAAUAAUGUUCGAAAAAAAACAUCUGGGGAAAGUAAUGAUUCGUCGAAUAAACAGCCCAGGUUAGAUGCUCUUUGCAUUAGGUGUGCACGUUUAUGGAGGCGAUACGGUAUAAAGUGGCAGCCACCUGUAGAUAUUUUAAAGCGCUUAAGUGGGAAUAGUAUGUACGUUUUGAAUUCGAACAUUGACCAAGCUCUUGAAGAGAGAAACGCGAAUGUGUUAACAAGUAAACCAGAGCAGGCACGCAAUAAAUUGUUAGAGUGGGAACAAGUAACCGAUUCAGAGUUUAUUUUAAGGCAGCGCCCUGAUUUCAUUCAAAACCCGGACCACUUUGCAAAACUGAAGACAAAUACUCUAUCUUCCCGCUCAGCAUUGUACCGAUUAGCAAAAAAGCCAAUUGAUAAGAAUCAAUUUAAUAUCGAGCAUUCGAGGAGAGAGCUUGAAAAUCUUCUAGCUACAGUGAUGCGGAAACAAGCAAAAACUAUUGACCAUAGGCCAAAAUCUGCACCAGUUGUUAAAAAAGAAAAACAGGAAACUGCAACUAAAUCUAAGUCAACGCCUCAAGGAGACCUUCCAAAAAAAAGCCCAACGCCACCUAUUUUGACAGCCGUCAAUUAUGGGAUUGAUUUGAAUUCUGGUGGCGAUAUACAGAUAGAGAUUCCAUCGUUGAAUGGUAAAUUGGGCACAGUAACAAUUAAGAAUAAUUUUGAAAAAGUCAUAAUUGAUGAGAUUUUGCUUGAUCAGUUAAAACGAUUAUCUACAGCAAGAAAGAGGACGCAUUUUGAAGAGAGUAGUAUCUUGAGUUUCGAACCCUCUCUCAAGGCGCGAAAGAUAGAUAAUGAUGGUAUAUUGGGGUCAACUUCCAACCACGACCCGAUGCCAAUGGCUAAUAUCAGACCUUCACCUGAAGUUGUUCAUGAAAAUAGUACAACAGCAUUGCUGCGAGCCUAUCGCAAUUCAGUGACACCUCGCGAAGGUCCCCCUGGCGUUAAAUUUUCAAUUGAUGCUAAAAGGAGCAGCAAUGAUGAUAUUCAGCGCAGCGAGUACUGCUCCGUUUGUAGGCAAAAAUUUGAAAAAUUCCAGUACAAAGACCUAUGCUGUCAUAAUUGUGGAAUGCGUGUCCAUUACUGUUGCUAUGGUGCGAACAGAGACAAGGAAAAUUUCCAUGAGGUCGGUUCUAAAAAUUCUACAUGGAUUUGCGAUCCUUGUUCUAACGAUUUGAAUCCAAGUGCCUCCACAAAUUAUAAGUGUGUCUUAUGCUAUUCAAAAAAUCGAGAAUUUGAGUUUUCGAAGAAUCCAAACGAUGGUGCGUUACGUGAGGCCCUCAAAUGUACAAAUUCAGGAUCUUGGGCUCAUGCGGCUUGUGCUAUAUUCAAUAAAGAUAUUAAAUUUGGCUCGGCAAGUUCGUUACAACCCAUUAUGAACACAAAACUAGCUCUUAUGAAAAACUCAAACAAUUCCUGUGGCUUGUGUGGUAUAGAAGGCGGUGGUCUAGUAAAAUGCGAUUUAUGUGAAAGACUAUUUCAUGUUACCUGCUCUCAAAAAAAUCCGGGCUUCUCUUUGGUAUUCAAAAUGGCAGAUAUACACCGUUCUGAUAAUGAAGCCACUGUUUCCGGCAAUUCUCACUACUUUACUCCUGUUUUAUUAUGCAAUGAUCAUCAAAUGAAUCCUGCGGACGUGAACAGUGUAUAUGCAUCACUGGAUACAAGAAUUAGUAAUAAAUCAUCUUCUUUGAUGAACAUUUUUAUGAGCAGUCGUAAUUAUGAAAGCAAAUACAAUAUGGUCUAUGAGCGAUACUUGGAGCAAAGAGAAUGCGAGGAAAAAGACACGACGAAGGUGAAGACAGACGGGAUUUCUGAGAACGUUAACGAGAUAGAAUGCACUGAUACUAGUAUUGAUGGAAAUCCUCCUCUUGAUGACGAAAAAGUAAAAGAAGCAGUGAGCUUCUUGCAAGAUUUGUGCACAAGAAAAAAGAAUGAAAGUAGAAAAUCUGAACAAACUGAUGAGAAUUUCUGUGACUUUAUCCAAACAUAUACUUCCAAAUCUGACUCUUAUGGUAAUAGAGGAGAGGAACUGUCGGAGGCUGAAGUAAAAAUGUUAAUGGACGGCAUAAACCCAGAUGAUUUCGAUAUCCAGUGCUCAAAGGAUGGAAAGGAAAGUAAGAGGAAAAAGCAAAAGAAUAAAAUAAAAGAGCUAGUAAAUAGUAGUAAAUAG